GCAGUAAGAUCGUUAAAAUAUCCAAUGAGGUAAAAAACACGACACUCGUUUCUUGCGGCUCCACGUCAAUCUCCCCGUCUUCUUGUUAUCCACAGAGAUAGCCACCAUGAAAAUCUUCAGCAAUUCUCCAUGUCCAGUACCAAAUGGAGGCUACCCAAGUGUGCGUUUCUUCAAUUCCGUCACCAUCUUCCCGAGCACCCACCCGCACAAUCCUCAGCAUUUUGGGCUCAAAUUCGUUGUCUCUGUAUCAAAUCAAGCAGAUUCAUGCUCAAAUCCUCAGGAGGGGCCUUGCCGACGACAACCAUUUCAUAUCUGCUCUUGCCAAGAGAUGUGCCGAGUGUAGUCUCUGCAGUCUGGGGUAUGCACUCCAAGUGUUUGAUCAAACGACCAGGCCAAACGCGUUUAUAUGGAAUGCCGUCAUCAGAGGGUGCCUUCACAAGGACGCCCCAAGGGAAGCCAUCUUCCUGUACUACAAGAUGGUGGCGCAAGACUAUGUGCCCAACAAGUAUACAUUGCCUAUCGUCUUCAAGGCUUGCUGCGUUGCAGGGGCUGUAGAAGAAGGGGAGCAGAUUCAUACCCACGUGCUGAAGCUGGGCCUCUGGAGAGAUGGUCAUAUUCAGAGUGCUGCAAUUCAGAUGUACGCCUCGUGUAGACGUGUGAGAGAGGCGCGUCGGCUGCUAGACCAGUGUCCUGAAUCGGAUGUUGUGUCAUGGAACGCUAUGAUUGAUGGGUAUCUGAAACAGGGGGAGUUGGAGGCGGCGAAGGAACUCUUUGAACAGAUGCCCUGCAGCAGAAGUACAGGUUCUUGGAACGCUAUGAUAUCUGGGUAUGCAAAAUGUGGGAUGAUUGAGUCUGCGCGUGAACUGUUCGACGAUAUUCCUGAGAAGGAUGAUGUGUCUUGGAGCGCAAUGAUUGAUGGUUAUGUUCAAAAUGGGCUCUUUGAGAGAGCCUUGGAAGUGUUCCAGCAGAUGCAGAACAAGGGGAUUCCACCAAGUAGAUUUGUGCUACCAAGCGUGCUUUCUGCAUGUGCAAAUUUGGGUGCGUUGGAUCAGGGAAGAUGGGUUCAUGCUUACGUUGAAAGAAAUUCAAUGCAACUUGAUGCAGUUGGAUGGACUGCACUUGUAGAUAUGUACGCAAAAUGUGGCUGUUUACCAAUGGCAUUACAGGUCUUUGAGAACAUCACUAGAAAAGAAGUAUUUACAUGGAAUGCUUUAAUCCAUGGGCUUGCAAUGCAUGGGCAUGCUGAUGCUGCAACCAAGAUGUUCCUAAGAAUGCAAAAUGAGAAAAUAACACCGGACGGGAUCACUUUUCUUGGUGUUCUAAAUGCCUGUGCUCAUGCGGGAUUGGUGGAAGAAGGAUUUCAUUAUUUCAAUACCAUGAAGCGGAAUUACAAGAUAAAGCCGACUAUAGAACAUUAUGGCUGCAUGGUUGACCUGCUAGGCAGGGCAGGUAGAUUGGAUGAGGCUGAAGAUUUUAUUAGUUCCAUGCCCAUAAAAGCGAAUGCAUCUGUAUGGGGAGCUUUAUUGGGUGCUUGCAGGAUCCAUGGCAAUGUUGAACUUGGAGGGAAAGUGGGGAAGAUUUUGUUAGAGUUGGAACCAGAAAAUAGUGGUAGAUAUGCUCUAUUGUCAAAUAUCUAUGCAGCUGCUGGUCGAUGGGAUGAUGUUUCAAUGGUUAGAAAACUGAUGAAAGAUAGAGGGAUAAAGACAGUUCCCGGGUACAGUCUGAUCCAUCUUAAUGGGAUGAUUCACAAGUUUGUUACAGGUGAUGGAUCCCACCCGCAGAAGAAGGAAAUAUAUCUGAUGUUAGACGAUAUACUAAAAAAGUUGAAGUUGGCUGGUCACCUGCCAAUUGCCAGCCAGGUGUUGCUUGACAUGGAAGAGGAGGAGAAAGAAAGUGCAUUGUGCUAUCACAGCGAGAAAUUAGCUAUUGCUUUUGCAAUACUGAGCACAGCGCCUGGGACGCCCAUCAGAAUUGCGAAGAACCUCCGUGUCUGUGAGGACUGUCACUCUGCAACCAAGCUUAUUUCACAUGUUUAUAAGCGUGAGAUAAUAGUAAGGGAUCGUGUCCGGUAUCACUGCUUCAGAGAUGGCCGCUGCACUUGCAAGGAUUUCUGGUAAAUCACAGGACUGAUUUAUGGGGUAAUUCUAAACAAUAGAUCGUCUUGCUGUUUAGUAAACUGUUUUGGAGACGGGAGGUAUUGUGGCUUGCAGCACCACAUCUCUGUGUCUAGGGAAGGUGUAAGUGUAAGCAGAAAUACAGAAUGACUAGUACAGAACAUUGGUGGAAGUGGUCUAACAAGAGCUAGACAUCACUGGGCAGUUAAGAAAGUUGUUCUGAGAGAUGGGUCAAAAUCCACAACCUACGUAAGAUGGUAAAAACAAACCAUUCUAGUUGUUGAUCAGGUACAAAAAGUCAUAUGCUUCUUCGUCCAGCACAGGGAUUGUUAAUCUACAGUAUGAUAAUGUCUUCGCUGGUAGUAAUAUUAAGUUUACUAGUACCUGAUUUUCUGUCUGUAGAACAUUGGCAUUUGCUUACAGAACUCUUUUUUGCAUUCAAAAGCUAGUUCUUUAUAGGUCUUUGGUCUCUCACACAAUGUGCUGUGAUCCUUUGUUUUGAAAAAAAAUCUGUCCCUCAUGAAAACACUCGUGCUUCAUUGAGCUUUCAACUCCUUGCGGCCUAUCCUGUAAUGGAAAUGGAUGUGGGUAA